AGCCAUGUUGGCUCCAGCCGUCGGCACAUGCCAUGGAUCCCGAGCAAUCUCUGGCCUUCUGUCCGGCCCGCAUCCCGCGGCGCUGAGCCCCUCACCGCCCCGGGAGCCAUGGCGGUCAACCGCGCAGGCAACCGGCGCAGCCGCGCGUGCGCCCCGGCCCUGGCGCUGCUCGGGCUGGCGGUGGGCGGCCUGCUGGCGCCGUGUUUCGACGCAGCGUCGCCUCAGGCUCGAGUGACCCCGCCGAAAAGGCCGGCGUCGUCGUACAUGCUGUGGCUCAACGAGAACCGUGGCAGGCUGCAGAGCGAGCUCGGCACGAAGAACGUCGCGCAGAUCGCCAAGGAGGCGGGCAGGCAGUGGGGCGAGAUCGAGGCCAGGGUGAAGAGCGAGUACGAGGGCCGGGUCGCUGCGCUGAAGCGCGAGUACGAUGUCGAGCUGGCGAAGUUCGUCGCCGCAGGGGGUAAGGUCGCCAAGGGCGGCAGGAACUCCAAGGCCAAGAAGGAUCCGAACACGCCGAAGAGGCCCAUGGGUGCGUAUUUUCUGUGGUUAAGCGAGAACCGUGACAGGCUGCAGAGCGAGCUCGGCACGAAGAACGUCGCACAGAUCGCCAAGGAGGCGGGCAGGCAGUGGGGCGAGAUCGAGGCCAGGGUGAAGAGCGAGUACGAGGGCCGGGCCGCUGCGCUGAAGCGCGAGUACGAUGUCGAGCAGGAUAAAAUCGUUGCGGAAGGGGGCAAGGUCGCCAAGGGCGGCAAGAACUCCAAGGCCAGGAAGGAUCCGAACACGCCGAAGAGGCCCAUGAGUGCGUAUUUUCUGUGGUUAAGCGAGAACCGUGACAGGCUGCAGAGCGAGCUCGGCACGAAGAACGUCGCGCAGAUCGCCAAGGAGGCGGGCAGGCAGUGGGGCGAGAUCGAGGCCAGGGUGAAGAGCGAGUACGAGGGCAGGGCCGCUGCGCUGAAGCGCGAGUACGAUGUCGAGCAGGAUAAAAUCGUUGCGGAAGGGGGCAAGGUCGCCAAGGGCGGCAAGAAGCCCGUUGCCGCAGGGGGCGAGGUCGCCAAGGGCAGGAGGGAGCCCAAGGCCAAGGAGGAUCCAAACGCGCCGAAGGAGGAGUUUUUCAGUGGUUCUCUCAACACUCCUGCAGAGCUGGAGCAGUUCAGGAGAAGUGCGGCGUUAGAGCGGGGCUGAUUUGCGGCCCACCAGAAAGUGGCUAGGGCGUUUGUUCACGGCAGAAGAGCCUGUUGUUGCUUGUCAGAAGUUUGCGCCAGUAUCUGAGCACUUGGCUCGCCGAGUCGCCCGUGGCAUCGUUGCAGCUUUUUCUUGCUCGGGGGCGCUGCUUGAGGGCACUUUGCAAACAUAUCAGCAGGAGUAUAGACGACUCGGGAAUACCUCGCUGCCAGUCCCUUGAUUGCAGAGUUCAUUUCAAGUGGAUAUGCGUCUGCAUCCAGUUAGGGUGAGGACUUGGCUCAUUUAAGCCACGCGCACUCCGAGGGUGCGAGGCGUCUUGAACAUUCAAUUUCCCAGUGGAGGCUUACUGGUUACAUGUUCAAGCUGCAGCACCAUACCAGUCCGAGGUCGCUUUGUUUGACUUCUCCAGGGGAAA